GGGCGGUGGUGGCGGCCGGGGCCGAGGCAGUCUCCCGUGUCCCGUGUCCCGUGUCCCGUCUCCCGUGUCCCGUCUCCCGUGUCCCGUGUCCCGUCCGGCCCCGCCAGCGCCAUCGCCGCCAUCGCCGGGGCACCGGGAAGAGGCAGAGGCAGAACGCAGUUUGGGAAUUUGGGAUUUCUGACAUCGACCACUGUAAAAUUUUGGACUAAACGCCGGGUUAGAUACAACGUAAUCAGGAGCUUCUUGGAGAUUUAAAAAUUGAUUCCUGAAGAGACACAAUGGCAUACAGACGAGAUGAAAUGUGGUCUGAUGGACGGUAUGAGUAUGAAAGACUUCCAAGAGAGCGACUACCUCCGCGAACUCACUCCGAGGAUGACUACCAUAGAGUAGUUAAUGUUGUGCCCAAGAAACCACCUCUCCUAGACAGACCUGGCGAAGGCAGCUACAGCAGAUACGAUUAUGGCCACGUCGAUUAUCGAGACUACGAUGAAGGCCGCAGUUUUUCUCACGAUCGAAGAAAUGGGCCACCUCACAGAGGCGAUGACUCUGGAUAUAAUAGAUGGCCAAGGGAUGAUCAUCGUCAAUCUGACUACAGGGACGGCAGAGAUGGCUUUAGACGAAAAAGCUUCUACUCUUCUCAUUACGUGAGAGAGCGGUCUCCUCAUAAAAGAGACGCUCCUUUCUUCAGGGAAUCACCCUUAAGCCGAAAAGACUCCCCUCAUAGCAGAUCUGGCUCCAGCGUCAGCAGUAGAAGCUAUUCUCCGGAAAGAAGCAAAAGUUAUUCUUUCCACCAGUCGCAGCAUAGCAGAAAUAAAGAUAGGCCUUCUGUAUCGUCGUUAAAAACAUCAAGGGAUACAUCGCCUUCAAGUUCUACAACAGUUCCUUCUUCAAAGGUUGGGGAUGCCACGGAGUCCCAGAGACAAGCACCCAAGAGGCAGCAGGUCUUGGAAAAACCCAGCAGGCUCAGUGAAAAAGAGCUGGCUGAAGCUGCAAAAAAGUGGGCUGCUGAAAAAUUGGAGAAAACUGAUGAAGGCAACUUACCUGAAAUUUCUGAAUAUGAUGCUGGAUCCUCUGCCGGGUUGUAUAGUGACCAACCGGGAGAGGCAGAGACUAAUGUAACGGAGAGCACAGAACUGUCAGAGGACAAACAGAAUACUGAACGCUCAAAAUCAAUAUCAUCAAAAAUCAAAGAGAUUGAGCAGGUAUACCGACAGGACUGUGAAACUUUUGGGAUGGUUGUGAAGAUGCUGAUCGAUAAAGAUCCUUCGUUAGAAAAGUGCGUGCAGUUUGCCCUGAGGCAGAAUCUCCACGAGAUCGGCGAGCGAUGCAUCGAAGAACUGAAGCAUUUCAUUAAGGACUAUGAUUCUGCUCACCAAGAUUUCGCCGAGCCUUUUUAGUAGAUCUCUCUUUCCGAAGCAGAAGGGAAUGUGCUUUAUCAUUUUCGCUGAAGAAAAGAAAACUCUUACUGACGCAUAGCGAAAGUAACCUAAGGUAUUUAAUGGACUGCAUCUUUGCUCUGGACCUUGAGAGGAGCCUCUCCCGUGGCCACAAGAUGAGGGUAAAGUCCUGGGCUCCUUUUUUUCUUUCUUCGGUGCAUUUUUUAAAAGCUCAUUUCUGGAAAGCAAAUUACAAAACAUAUUCUCAUUCUGCAAUUUUACAGUAGGGCAGUAAUCAUUUCUAGGUUGUGUCCCACAAAUCUGAAUGUGGCUAGCACAGUUAGUGGGUGGUUUUGAGCUAUAUUUCCAUUAGAAGUUGGAAGCUGUUUAAUUUUAAUAUUGAAUGAUCCGACGCAGCCCCCAGUGUAAGUUUUGGAAGCCUUUGCCCUGCUCCUGAAGAAGAGGUUUAUUGGAAUUGUUAUCUUUGAUUGUAUGACAUAAACCCCUAAAAUAUUUUAAUUUUCUUACAUGCCAACAGACUUGGAAGAUAGCCAGUGCUUUAAAUGAUCCCAGGUUGAUUUUUGGCUUUUUGUUAUUGUCUGUGGCUUUGAAAUCUCUCAUUCGUUUUGAUUGAAUUCAUGUUGAUAGGAAAUGAUUCCGGAGACCAGUAUUGCCCAGGAUUGAACAGCUUGGCAACUGGUUUAUUUUAUCAUUGAAAAUGAGUAUGAAAAAUUCCUUCCUAAGAACUACCCAAAACAAGUUCUAUGUCAAGAGUGAUAUCGGGUAGUGAAUGAAUUCUAGGCUUGCUUUCUUGUAACAGCCCUAAAUUAACCUGCUAGAACGUUACUUGGUAAGUGGUUUGGAAGUUGAGUGAUAUUUUUAAAGUUCCAGUUUUUAGUCCUGGGAAGAAGUGCUCUGGAUAAAUUGCAUAGUUAUUUUAAUGUACUUUUAACAUUUGUGAGUCAGAUAGCUUUAAAGACCUGUCAUAGUUGUAAUAAAGUAUUGCUAAAAAUGGAA